CCCGGGGAGCGCCGAAGUGCCCGUCGGCCUUCGGGGAGGAGGACCACCGCGAUCCCCCGGCAGAGAGCGGCCCGGCCGGCCUGGAAGCGGCCGCGAUGCGUCUCCUGCGGUGCCUGAUGAAGGGCCAGUCGGCGCUGGCCGGGGUGCCCAAGUACAUCGAGCACUUCAGCAAGUUCUCGCCGUCGCCGCUCUCCAUGAAGCAGUUCCUCGACUUCGGAUCCAGCAAUGCCUGUGAGAAGACCUCCUUCACUUUCCUCCGUCAAGAACUUCCUGUUAGGCUGGCCAACAUCAUGAAGGAGAUCAAUCUUCUCCCAGACCGUGUGCUGAGCACCCCCUCCGUUCAGCUGGUGCAGAGUUGGUAUGUGCAGAGCUUGCUGGACAUCAUGAUAUUCCUGGAUAAGGAUCCUGAGGACCAAGGGAUCCUGGGACAGUUCACCAAUGCCCUGGUCACAAUCCGGAACCGUCACAAUGACGUGGUCCCCACCAUGGCACAGGGUGUGAUCGAAUACAAGGAGGCUUACGGGGACGACCCUGUUUCCAACCAGAACAUUCAGUACUUCCUGGACCGCUUCUACCUUAGCCGCAUCUCUAUCCGCAUGCUGAUUAACCAGCACACCCUGAUCUUCAAUGGCAGCACCAAUCCAGCCCAUCCCAAGCACAUCGGCAGCAUCGAUCCUCACUGCAAUGUCUCUGACGUGGUUAGAGAUGCUUAUGAUAUGGCAAAGCUGUUGUGUGACAAAUACUACUUGGCGUCUCCUGAUCUGGAGAUCCAGGAGGUGAAUGCCACUGGAACAAGACCUCACCCAUGGCCUACUAACCAUGAUGACCAGUCCAUCCACAUGGUCUAUGUCCCAUCCCACUUGUACCACAUGCUGUUUGAGCUCUUCAAGAAUGCCAUGAGGGCCACGGUAGAAAGCCACGAGUCCAGCCCCAGGUUGCCACCCAUCAAGGUGAUGGUGGCCUUGGGGCAAGAGGACCUCUCCAUCAGGAUGAGCGACCGAGGAGGUGGUGUCCCUCUCCGCAAGAUUGAACGACUCUUCAGCUACUUGUAUUCCACCGCACCCAAACCAGAGCUGGGCACUGGUGGGACUCCCUUGGCUGGCUUCGGCUAUGGACUGCCUAUAUCCAGACUCUAUGCCAAGUAUUUCCAAGGUGACCUUCAGCUCUUUCCCAUGGAAGGUUUUGGGACAGAUGCUGUCAUCUAUUUAAAGGCCUUGUCAACUGACUCAGUAGAGAGGCUUCCAGUGUACAACAAAUCAGCAUGGCGCCACUACCAAACCAGCCAGGAGGCUGAUGACUGGUGUGUGCCCAGCACAGAGCCCAAGAACACCUCCACUUACCGGGUGACUUAAGCCAGACCUCUGUGUGUUGAAGGGAUGGGCUCAUGCCUUGCCUCCAGGAUGGAAAAACCAACUUUGGUGGGAGGACAGAGACAGAUGAUCAUCACCAGCAUGAACCCACUUGAUGUCGUCGGAUCUCAACGGACUCUUCCUAUUGACUGGCCUGUCCAAUCUGCCAGUGAUUUGGGAGCCUGAUUAUUUCCUCAGAUGUGUUUUUGGGAGUAUGUAGCAUAGAUCUCUUUAACCAUAUCACCGUUAAAUCUGCAUGGAACGUUUCCCUGCUCCACCUGCAAUCCUGUCCUUUGGUCUAGCGGGCUGGCAUUGGACUUCCAAGGGUCUGUUUUUCUCAUAUUUAGUAUUUGCUCAUGCCACUUUUUAUUAUUCUUGGACCAUAAAAUGGAAGAAAGUUAGAGCUUUGGAAGGCUGGGCAUUAACAUUUUGAGGGAAGUUAAGGUAAUCGACAAAAGAAGAUGAAGGUGAUCCUAACAAGUUUGGGCUGAUUGUGUUGUUUUCUGAUGUCAGAAAGCUAGCUCAUGUUGCGGAGUUGAUAGAAAAUGUAAGUCAGAUACACUCAUUGGAAAGAGCAGCUAUGCCAGAGAAGAGCAAGGACUGCUUUGAUUUUUGGUGCAUGUGCCAGGAGAGAAAGAUGGCAUGCGCCUCUUCUUUAUGAUCUGUGUUCUUUUCCCAAGUCAUGUAUCAGUGUCCAAGUUGCUAAACAGCAGCGAUUUUUGUAGUGGGAAGAGCUGGGUAUCCACACUUGGGCCAAAGCUUAGAUGUGCAAUAGCAGACAGGAGGCCUUAAGGGGCUUGGCUGGGCCAGUGUCGAAGGAGCCUUCCUUUCCUGGCCUUGGUGGGUUCCCUGCUCAUCUGGUUCCUUCGCCACGGGCAGGACUUUGCACUUUUGCUCUGCACUGCUCAGCUCCUAGUGAGGCUUGUGCCGGCGUGCAAAGCCAAAGCCUCUGUGGAUGAGGAGGGAGCUGCUUGCCCUGCGCUCGGCAAGCAACGUGUUGCCAUGAACGGGGCAGUGGGUUGGGUUGGCCUUGCGGUGGCAAAAUGCUUCAGGGCAGCCGCAGGUGCCAGAGAAACCAGUUGGGCUGUUUAUGAUGCGGCAGUGGACUGUUAGUGGCGGGGGAACCUGCAGCAGAAGAAACUGCUGAGCAGAACUGGACAUGCGUCAUCAGGUGUUGGGGGGAUGAGAUGAAGGGCUCAGGGCUCCCCUCGCGCCCCUCAGCGGCAGCCGCGGUGUGAGUGUGUUCUGGUAAAGACUGUGUUUCGCUCGUGAGUCACUUGCCUCCAGGGCUUAGAAGGGAUCGGCCAAAGGAGCUGUUCACAACGUCACCAUACAGUGUUUAGGAUAUGAGGCCAUGAGAUGGCAGCUCCUCCCACCCUCCGAGCCUUCCCCCUUGUUUCCUUUCCUGUGCACGCUCCCUUCCAGUGGUACUUGCUAGCAUCCCAUCUUCCUGGUUCUUAGAGCAAGUGGGAACAGAGAUAUAAGGGGAGAUUAGAGGUCUGCCUGCAAGCUGCCACUGGUUCCUGAGAGCACCCAGCCCUUUGUCCCCACAUCCUUCUGACCUCACCUUCCGCACCUGCCUUUUUCCCUCCACAGGCUCGUAAGAGCCACCCUUUCUCAGUGCUUCCCCUCCUGGCAAGGUGUGCUCAUAAAUUGUCUGGGAAGCAGCUGUGCAUAUGCCUAAGACAUACAUACAUACAUAUGUGUGUGUGUCUGUGUGUGUGUGUGUGUGUGUGUGUGUGUGUGUGUGUAUACACAUAUUAUCUGAGUGAAACUACAGAUUUGUUCAAGACACAAAAACUGCCAUAAUACUCUCUGCUCACUGAUCAGAAGAAAAAAGAACAAUUAAAUUGGAACUCUUA